AUGUCAAAGCGCAGCACCAAAUUCCAAGGCGUUCAAGUCCCGAAGCAACCUCAGAAGCCCAUAAUUCGAUCACGAAAGGCGCUCACGCACAAAGGCCCCAUCAAAAGAGAGAGUUCUAACAUGGAACGACGAAACAAACAUCUCGAACGCACCAAGCGACAACUCGAGAAGGAAAAUGUUUCUGCGCUUUAUGAAACAAGCAAACUGCGACAACAACUCCAAAAGAAGAAAAGGGUACUGGCCAAAGAACGAUCCGAGAAUGCUCGAAAGACUUUAGAGAUUGACCUUUUGAGAAACGACAACAGAGCCGCGCAUCAGAACCUGAACGAGAGCAACACCGCUCUCAAAGAGGCUCAAGAGCGAUGUUGGGAGCUUGAGAAUUCUUUGCGAUCACAGAACGGCACCAUUCACACAGCCCAGGAUCAAGACGCGGGAGAUUCAUUUCCUAUCACCGAAUACUAG